UUAGAGCGGUCUACAAAACAGGCGGUCGAACUCGAAAAAUCUAUUUUAGGUUUUCGUUAUCUUUGGGCUAAAUUGGCUGACACUAAUUUGAUAUUCUAUAAUCUAUACAGUGUGCAUAUAAUUUCCUUCCAGAAAAAUGUCCUCCAAAACUCUUGGUGGUGAUAAAUUUAUUGUAGACUACUUGCAUCCUUUAUUUGGAGCUAAAAAUGACUCGGAAAUGUUUUCUCAAAUGGUCUGGAUCUCAUUCCUCUAUACUCUAAGUGUUAUUUUCACUAUGUAUAUAUUACCAGCCCCAUAUGGACGCUAUAGUAGCUCAAAAUUUGGAUUUCUCAUCCCUGGAAAAUUUGCCUGGAUGACCCAGGAAUGCCCAGCUCUUAUAGUACCUGUAAUUUUACUAUUGACUACAUCUGCAACCUGUUGGCAUUCCACUGCAAAUAAGAUUCUCUUGUUAGGUUUUAUCAUUCAUUAUGUUCAAAGGGCUUUCAUCUUUCCACUGAGCAUGAGUAAUCCCAUGAAAAAUUCUCCCUUUCUUGUUUACAUUUCAGCAUUGUCCUUCUGCUUAUUCAACGGCUUCAUGCAAGGACAUUACCUUUUAAAUUAUCAUCAGUAUGAUGAUAAAUGGACUGCUUCUCCUCAAUUCAUAAUAGGGAUAAUCAUCUUUUAUGCUGGGAUGGCCAUCAAUAUCCAUUCAGAUCAGCUACUGAUUCAUUUGCGCAAACCGGGAGAAACCGGAUACAAAAUUCCAACUGGUGGAUUGUUCGACUACAUCACCGGUGCCAAUUUCUUCGGAGAAAUUAUCGAGUGGACCGGAUUUGCAGUUGCUUCCUGCAGUCCUCCAGCAACCAUCUUCGCUUUUUUCUCUGCAGUCUAUCUCGGCAUGAGAGCAUGGCAUCAUCAAAAUUAUUACCUAUCUAAAUUUGAAGAUUAUCCACGAACAAGAAAAAUAAUCAUUCCAUUUGUAUUCUAACCGCCAAAGAGGAUAACAUAGUGAUAUUAUAGAAUAGGAAAAAUAGAAAUUGUAAAUCGGUUAAUCUAUUACAAACUUUGUUGAAACCACAUAACUGUGUUGAUAAGCGCAUCGGUAUCGACGGGGACUUGACUAAGCGAAUGACAAUCUUCAUACAUAAUCAUCCUAAUUUUUUUAAAUCCAAAGAUUUAGAUUAAUAAAUUGAAUAGAUU